AUGACAGAUAACAUACAAAAACCGCUUGCAGAUGCUGCUAAACCACUCGCAAGCACCGCAGAGAACGCACUUUCUGAGCCAAUAAAGCCGACAACGAUAGCACUAAAAUGUAAGCGAUGCCGCUGUACAAUUGUCACAAGUGAUUACUUCGUUGAGCAUGAACAAGGUGUUGGACAGCCAGCCUUCGCGUACAGGAAGCGCGAUACGAAUGCAGUAAGAAGCUCAAAUAACGUCUGUACAGCUUAUUUUAUUGAGCCAAUGGAAUGGAUAACGGCCAGGAGACAAGAGGAACUAGAUGGAAAGAUAAUAUGUCCAAAAUGUGAAGCAAAAUUAGGAAACUACAAUUGGGCUGGAAUGCAAUGCUCUUGCGGAAAAUGGAUAACUCCUUCGUUUUCGAUACAUAAGGAUCGAGUAGAUGAGCUUUGGAAGAAACAAUUAUUCGAGGAUACCUCUGUAAUGAAGGCUUUCGGAUUAGCCUCUUCAUCUAAGAAAAAGGAAAAAGAACACGCAAAUAAUAAGAAAGCUGAAAAAAAAGCGGUUCAUCAGGGUCAAACAAGCGGGCAUAGCCUGACUAUUGCCGCUCCCAACAAGGCUAGUGCCGCAUUCGAGCUUCUCCUAAAAGCUCCUCGCUUCCUUCCAACUGCUAUCAGCAAUAACAUAAAAGCUGGCACAAGCAAACUCAGACGAGCUGCUAAAGGCAAUAGACAUGGCAAAGACAAUCUGCCACCAUUUCCGUCGGGAAGCUUCUAUUCACCCGAGCCAAACCAAGUACAGCCCCCUCUCCGUGACGAGAGUCAGUCUGCAUCCUCAAGUAAAGACACGGGAACUAUUUCUCAGCGUCGACCGUCUGAAACGCCUCGAGUUAAUGAUUUGAUAGUCCCUGAAAAUUCUCAUCGUAAAUCUAAUGAAAAUGCAAGAGUCGGCGUUCCUGCAAUCAGACUUGAACAGACUGAUACGGCUGCUCCCUCUAUUGUACGAAAUAAUUCUAUAACAAAUAUUGCGGCUACAAAAGACGGCUUUCUGAAUAGAAAAAUUGAAUCCGGAACAAAAGCUUCCUCGUUAUCUAGAGGAUGGAGGGUAUAUCGCGUAAUAUUGAGAGGCUACAAAUUGUAUUUUUAUAAACCGCCAUCAGAAGCUGUUCUUAAGACUUUCUUUGAGAACAAUAAAGAUUUAUUAACGGGACACGAUCCUACUUUUAUAUCGCCGGAAAUGGAAAAUGAUUGUGGCAUGGCUUUACAACCUACGAAUUUUGAGUCUAGUGCGAGAGCUUUGAUAUUCGAGGGCAAGUUGAAUUCUGCAAAUACCAGCAACAAUAUUAGCAAUAUUAAAAUCAACAACGAUAACACCAACACCAACAAAAAUUUCACCAAUACCGCCAAUAAUUCCACUCCGCUAAUUAAUCAUUACUAUUAUGGAGAAGCAUGCUAUGAGGUAGAUCGGACCGCGGCAAUGCAUUUCAAAAAACAUGUUUGCUUGCUCAUUUUCGAGGAUAGUGUAGUCAUUUGUAAACGCAAAUGGGUCAGAUAUACCAGCGUCAAGGUGUUAGAUGCUAUGGGUGUAUUCAAAUCUGGUAAUAGUUCUUCAACGAAUUUAGCAUCUAGUAGUGUUGAUGGAAAGGAUUGGGAUUCACGGUCGAUAAAUAGUGUUAGAGUUACAUCAGAGACUGAUACUUCGGGAAAUAAUAAGAGUAAAGGAUAUUUUACUAAAUGGAAAAUCGAUGCUUGUUAUCCAAUACAUUGCGUCGAUGUUGUCCCAGACCCAAACUUUCCUUCUGGUUUUUCUUCUUUCAUCACACCUUCCUCUCAGCAAAACUAUUUCGUGCCGAGUAGGCCCAAUGAUGAUGCAUCUUCCAUACGUUCCGGUUCAUCCGCCAUUUCUACAGUACAAAAUAAUUCCUCUACAGGGGUGCUAUUAUACUUAUCAAUUGAGGAUGGUGAUCAGCAGACUUGCCGCGUGUUUGUGCCAUCAAGUGCCGAAGCCAAAGCUUUAUGGACAAACAAGUUAUUUGCUGCCAAGGAAGCAAGUCUAAGGAAAGAGAUGAAAUCAAGAUCAUCGAGGGGUGACUCUGCGACCAAGCUUGGACUGAACAUGACAGACGCGAAUUUAGGCCGUGUUAGGCGUGCUGGGGAUUCAAUAGAUAAGCCAGUCGGUUGUAUUGAUAGAUCGGAUGUGAUAAGCGCUAACAAGAAGACACGAGCUUACUGGAGUCGAGACAAACAUCCGGGAUUGAUUGUAAAGCAAAUACAGGUAGAAGAAGCUAUCAAGGAUAGUGAAAACACUGUUUCUGUGGAGGUUGUUUCCGAAAAUGAAUCUAUUCAAGAAAUACAUGAUAUGCCAGCGGCCGAAUCGAACGAAAGCACUGAACCGAAGCAAGCAACCGAAGAGAUGAAUAAGGUACUUCAACCUGAGACAAUAGAAACAGCUGAUUCGAUAUCAUCUGUCGGAUCGGUUGUUUUUGAGACAGGUGAGAAGUUUAUACGUGCAGAGACUAGAACGGAGGAGGAGCAACAAGUUUCUGAGAAAGACGAUUCGAUUCAGCCCAUCAAGACAAGUGAGGCAGAGGAUUCGUCUGUAGUAAAGGAAGUCGAGGCUAAAACGGAAACAUCCGAAAAAUCAGAGGUUUCGAUCGCUGUAAUUGAAUCCCAAUCCACAGACAUAUCUUCACAAACAUUCGCUGCACCAGUGAUUUCACAGAGGCAUAUCAGUGGUGGUUCACUCGACUCGCUUAUCCAUGAACUUGUGUUUCAGACGCAAAGAAACGUUAAAGAUAAUGAAGACUUUUUGCGUACUUUUCUCCUAACGUAUACUUUGUUCUCGGAUGCUUCGUACGUAUUCCGUGAGCUACGUCGUUGCGCUUCAGACAUUGUACAGAAAUAUGCUGACGAAGAAAAUGGAAAUGUAUUCAAGAAUUCCAUUACUUCCAGGUUAAUUACUAUUUUUAGAACCUGGUGCAAUAUUUGUGGCGAUGAUCUAGCAAGAGAAGAGGUUCAUAAAGAAAUGAUAGAUAUUGUAGCCGAUUUGCUUAUCAACAAACAUGAAGAUGCCGAAGAACUCAGUAAACUAAUCGAGGACACUCGAGUCAAUGCAUUGGAAAUUAACCGGAGCGGUGAUCACGAAGACAUUCCUUUACAGAUUGCUUCACAACCUUCUUUGGAUUUCUCGAAUUUGAAUGUAACUGGUCUAACACCCGCGUUAUUCUUAAAAAUGUCGCCUGAUGAAUUAGCACAACAACUUUAUAUAUUCCAUUUUCUUGAACUUCGACGUAAUGAUCCAUGCAUGAAUCUAAAAAAUUUCAUUCCGUCGAAAUAUCCUCGCCCGUCUUCUUUGCAAGGCUUACUCGAUUUCACAACAUCGUCCCCCCACUUUAUUACUCGUCUAAUUUUUCAUCAUAUACUCAUCAUCUCCCAACAAUCUGGCUAUACCUCUCGUCGACCAGCCUUAAUAUCUCAUUGGAUUAAGACAGGUCAAGCAUGUAAAUCGCUUGGUGACAUGACGGGAUGGAUGGCAGUAGCGUCUGGUAUUUGUUCACCUGGUAUAAUUCGAUUGAAAGAAACCUGGGAGCGGGUGGAUGAGUAUUGUAAGAGCUUGGUGGUCAACGAAUGGAGCCCGCUACUAUCAGAAUACGGUGGUCCGGAUGGUGAUUGUGACGCCGAUGAUACCCAAAGUCUGCUGCUCAUUGCACAAGAUAAAAAAGAGAAAAGCAAGAGCAGGCCGAUACCUUACUUUGGAUUCAUCACAAUAGCACUAGAAAGAAUCAAUUCAUCGGUUCCCGGAUUCAUUGACAGGUCGAAUAAUAAUGUUGGUCGUGGAGGAAGAAAUGCUGAAAGUGGGAUUAUUAAUUUCGACAAGUAUUGGAAGAUGUAUGAUGUUGUCACCAAAGCGCUCGAAGCAUGGAAUCUAUGCAAAGAUACAGAUGUCUCUGUAAGCGUCUCGUGCCCAUUUGCCUUGAUACAACCUCUUCAAAGAUAUUUUAAGCAUUUGAACUCCAUUCAUGCUACCGUGAAUACUUGGCAAGUGUUCGAAUCUUCGAUACAAUGCGAACCUACUCUUCAUGGACAAUACUUAGAACAUCAAGCGAACGGACGUAAAGUUCAUCAUUCAGCUUAUGUGCCGCUGUUGUUUGUUGAAGUUAUUCCUUCAAAUCGCUUGUUUGAUAGAAAGGCUUUUCUUAGUGCGAGCGGGAGUAUUGGAAGGAAGUCAUCCAGUUCAUCAAUGAAUUCUGUUAACGAAAACCCGUUCUCUCCUAAUUUUCAGACAGGGAGAUCAAUGAAUGGGUCAGCAGGUGAUAAAGCAUCAGCGAUGCAGGGUAAUUUAUUAGUUCCAGGCCCGCAUAAUAUUAGACGACGUACGCUUUCGUUCCCACAAGAAAAGAUAAGCCAAUUAAGUUCGACAACAUGGAAUACCAGUUUGGACCUUGUCACCCGUUCAUGGCUCGGUAAUUUUGUUCAAAAUCGUAGUGGCGACAGUGACUUGCUAAAAUCAAUGAAAGACCUUGCUGGAGUGGAUGAAAUGCUUAUAUUUGUUAAAGAUGGCGACUUAGUAUUCAAGUCUGUAGAAGAUACUGCCUCGGUUUCUCGCCCUGCGAGUAUUGUCGAAUGUCCUCCGCAAUCAAAUAAUGGAGCUUUAUCCAAGCGCAAUUCGGUCCAGGGAGCAAUAUCUUCAUCAUACAUCAAUGCGUUUUCAGAGUAUGAAGCUCAUUUAGUGGUCGUGAAAGCUGGAACUCUCGGAAGACUGUUAGAUGUACUUGUAAAUGGUGUAGCCGCUUAUAGCACUAGUGUAGUUGAUGACAAUGGAGAACCACCAUUGGCAACUGGCAAACAGGGUCAACUGAGUAUUGAUUCUGAGGAAUAUACCGCAACGUUUUUUGCCACUUAUAGAAGUUUCUGUAAGCCGGACGAUCUUUUAGAGGAUCUAAGAAAUAGGUUUGUGAAUGCAAAGAAAUCAGCGCGAAUUGAGCCCGAGCCACAGUCGUCUGACAUGCGAGAAAUUGAAUGGAAAGAUAAUAUGCAUUUGUAUGAUUGGAAAACAGUGGCUAAGAUUCAGUUGAAUGUUUUGAGGCUGCUUGAAUAUUGGAUUCAGGAAUUUUUCAAUGACUUUCUUGAUAAUUUUGACACGCGAAGCAAAAUGAUGGCCUGUAUUGACGAAUUUAUAGCCGAAACUGAGGACUGGGGACGAGCUGCUGCUGAUGAGAACUUGAUUAGCCUAUCUAAACGAGUUAUAGAAUCUUCUAAAGACCUAAGGAUGAAGGCCAUGCGAAAGUGCUUGGAACCGAUUUGGAAUGCUCAACACGAUCGAUUGAUAGCUUCCGUCGACGCUGUGAUAACAGAUUCACAGUCACAUGGUCGAGUAUCGAGUGAUGGCAAUAUACAAAAGGAUGAUGUACAAGUUCUGUCCAUAAGUUCUGCAAAUGCUAUUGAUUUAAUAGAGAGUAUAGACCUUACCGUUCUUGGACUAUUUCAGACAGUGACACGUCUUGAUUGGAUACUUACUUAUGAACUACUGGAAAUGCAAUCUUCCGAUGUUCUUGGUUGGUAUCCAAAAAAACAAGCGUCAUACUUACAAGAAGAAGAUAUAUUAGUAACAGACAUAUUUACAAUGCUUGAGGACACAGCUAGCUCCACAGAUAGUGACAAGCGCAUUGUGAACUUACUUCCACGGUCAAUACAGUCUCUAUGCCGAUUGCAUGCAUUUAUUAGAAAUUGGGUUAUCUUUGAGGUUACGUCACCAAAAUUAGAUAUACAAGCAAGAAGCAAGAAAAUUGAUGUGUUUUUGGAUGUGAUUCUAUUAAGUAGAAGACGAAUGGUUAGAUUAGAGAUAUAUCCAAAGAAUGAAAAUGCCAAACAAGAUGACGACACAAGAAGAAGCGUACCAUCGUUCGUAGAGAGCGCGAUAGUUUCAGGUUUAAUUAGUCCGGAAAGUAGACAGUUUACUAGAGCAUGGCUUGAAGUAGCGGUUAAUAGAAAUGGAACAUUUGAGACAUUGGAAGCUUUGCUAUAUGGACUUUCACCCAAGCCCGCAGAACAGAAUUCGUUAGAGGAAGAGAUUUCACUAGUUCCAUGUGUUGGCUGGUUAUUUGAGAGAAUGUUAGAAAUAUGUUGUAACAUUCCGAAUAUGUCUUUUGACUCUGAUAGACUCGUCAACUUUGAUAAAAGACGAUACGCUCACAACCUCAUCCAAAUUUACAUUCAAUCUCAGCGCGAACUGGUCGUUAACAUUCACAAAAGACAAGCCAAGGUGGACGUGCAAUAUCUUACUAGUAAGGCUGUAACAACGGGGAUAGGAAAAUUUGAACUCCGACAUAUUAAGGAUUUGGCAACCAAAGAAAAUGUUGCCCCACGCAUUGCCAAUCUUCCACAAUGGACGGCCAAGAGCCCCAAACCGUUUUGUAAACUUGUUGUCGAACAGCAGGAAAAGAUCAGGCGAGAUAUAAAGGAGAGAGAACGAUUGACAAAAGAGAUUCGUGAAAAUCAACACCGAAUAGCUAAGCUUUAUAACGAAGACACAAGAAAGAAAGACAGACAUUUUAAAGAUAUUUAUGUAAUGAAACCUGUGAACAGUCUGCUAAAGGCUGUCCGUCCACUUUCGCUAGCUAUUUCUAAUACCUUGUAUCCAUCCUCGCAUAGCAUUAAGCAGUCGUACAACUCUCAACAAAGGAAAUCUAAUCCCAAGGCCGCCCUCGUAAUUAAUCUAAUUGAUUGCCAAACAUCGGUUGACUACGGAGUAGCUCAGAAAGAUUUCGUAUUUCGUAUUGUAACUGAGGAUGGCGCUCAAUAUGUCCUUCAGGCAAUAAAUCAAGAGGAGAUGAAUGAUUGGAUGCAUGUUAUUAGUGAAGCCUCUAAUCAAGCACUGAAAAAGAGAAUGACGAUUCCAAUUGAGUCGCUUACGUACGAAGACAAGCCUACUUACGCUGAGCCAAAGACAAGAAAUUCAGUAUAUGGAAAGGAUCUUGCUACGUUAAUGAAGGAUGGAAAUGUGCCAUUAAUUGUUGAAAAGUGUUUCACUGAGAUAGAGAAAAGAGGCCUCGAAGAAGUUGGUAUUUACCGAAUACCAGGGGCAGCACUAGCAGUAGAGAGUCUUCAAUCAGCCUUCAACACAAAUGCCGAGACGGUUGACGUGAGUGUGGAGAAAUAUGGCGACAUCAAUGUUGUUGCAGGAGCACUCAAGUCAUUCUUCCGUAGUCUGCCUGAACCAGUGAUGUCCUAUGAACUCUAUGACGACUUUAUCAAUGCUAUAGGAAUAUCCGACUAUGAUGAACGCCAUCUAGCAAUCAAGGCACUUCUUCAGCGGCUUCCCGGAUGCCACUACAUUCUGCUAAAACGGCUAAUUGAGCAUCUCGAAAGAGUAACUGACUACUCAGAAAUUAAUCAUAUGUAUGCCAGCAAUCUUGCUAUAGUCUUCGGCCCGACUCUGCUCAAAGCUCCGCCAGGACCAUCUAGUUUCGCUCAAUCAAUGGGGAAUCUUGGAAAGCAGACAACUAUUGUCAAGGAUCUCAUUCUUCAAUAUCAUUGGUUCUUCGAUGUCGAAGAUGAUACCUCUGAAGUGGAAUUGUCUGAAUUAAUAGCUGAUCAUGACGGUGUUGAGAACGACGAACUGGAAUCAAACCAUGAUACGUCUUCGUACGUUGAAGUUGACAGUGCAUCGGCGGAUGGGUCGGUAUUUGCUAAUACACGUGAAAGCGAAGAAGGCGAUAUGCUGGGGGAAGACCACGAGCUUUGGGAUUACGGAAAAAAGAUGGAGAACUAUCAAGAUAAACGACAGAACGAUGGGAGCAUAAAUAAAUUUGGAAGUUUUCAAAUGAGAAUUGAGCAUAUCGAUGAUGGAGAGAAAAAGGAAGAUAUGAUGAACGAUCAACAAACAGAUCAACUGAUUGCUGGAAGCGUCGCCAAUCGGGGAUCAGUACUAACUGACGUGACUGAAGAGCAAGAAGAUGAUUUCGAAAUGGUGGAGUAG